AUGGCUAGUUUAGAAAUAUCUAGUAUAGACUUAGAAUGCGGUCGCCGGACCGGCGGAGAAGGGGACAAUAAGGAGGAGGGAAGUCUCUAUUCCUCCGACGCGGAAGAUGAUGAUUUGGCUGCUGUUCAUAGGCAUUGUGCUGAGACUUGGUUUAAAAUCAAAGGAAACAAGACUUGUGAAAUUUGUAAUUCGAUUGCACGGAAUGUGGUUGGCCCAAACGAUAUCGAGGCAGCACAACAAACUAAUGGAAGCAAUUCUACUGCAACUAAUACCGCGUCAUCAGCUGCAGCACCCAUGACUACAGAAACUCGAAGUUGCUUAAAUGGUCACCGUUUUCUUAACUUUCUCCUCGCCUGCAUGGUUUUCGCAUUCGUCAUAUCUUGGCUUUUCCACUUUAACAUCCCAUCAUGA